AUGCCACCACAGGCAGGGACAUUUGCCAUUCCACCCACGCAACAACAGACCAUCAUGCCAUAUCCAAAUCCCAACCAUCCGUAUGGCGAGAGCUCCAGCAGACCAAAACGCAAGCGUAGUCCAAAAGACGUUGGAGGAGCUAGUUUGGCACGCGACGAUUUAUCCCAGAAAGCAGCAGAACUGAGCAUGAAGCUAACUGGCAUUGCUCAACAGCUUUCCACCGACCCCACAGAAGAUAGAGGCUAUCAACUUCAACUUUAUCCUAUAACGCUAGAACGAGCGGCUCGACUGAAUAUGGCCAUGCUGGACUACGAGGCCCUGCUGCUCCGAGCCGAACAAGCGUACACCGAUGAGACGACACGAGUGGACGAAGAAUGGGUGACUGGGAAAUCUCGGGUUCGGGAGCGACUACUAGAUGGCAUUGAGGAACGGCGCCGAAAAGCUCGUGAAGAAAAGGAUGCUGACGGGUUGGGCAGUGUCAAGGAGAAGCUUGUAGCAGCCGGUAACUCUUCACCAAAACCCACAACGCCAUUGCUCCAGCCAAAUGGCAAUUCAUUGCGAAUGGAAGAUAUUAGCACACCAUUUCCACUGGCCCUCACAUCUGUCCCUUUACCUCCCGCAGUGGUUCCUGUGGCUCCAACUGGUGGUCGAAGAAAGGGCAAAGGAUGGACCCAAUCUCGAUCAUUAGUUGCGAAAGGACUUCCUUCAUAUUACCAUCUAACUGAAGCCAAAGAUCAAGAAAAGGAAAGCGAUCUCGGGGAGAUCCGCAGGGCAUCCAGGAGAAAGAGAGGCCAAGCACGCGUGUAG